UAUUCGACUUUGGUGCCCGUAGUAGUUAUUUGUUAACGUACUCAUUUGUAGUUUUUUAAUUCAUUAAAAAGGUAAUAUGCAUUUUAAAAGUGCUGUUAUACUGUGCGCGUUGUAUUUCAUAACGUCAGCAUGGAGCAUUGGACUGAACAGUGAACAACUAUGUGUAAUUAUUAAGCUGUACGAAAAUCACAAUAUUACCGAAAAAAAUAUCACACAGCUUACGAAAGAAUUUUUUGGAAUUCGAGAGCCUAAGGAACUUUUUGAUUGCGAUUCAAAUGGGACCAAUUCUGUGGAUUUGAAGAAGUGGCUGUUGAAGUUGGCGUAUAAAGAUAAGAAAACAAACGACAGCUUCGAGACUCAAAUGCUUACGCCUUUCGAAGUGGAGUUCUUCCUCAGCGUGUUCACCGAACACGCCAACGGUUCAAACCAAGAUGGAUGUCUUAGUCUUCAACAGCUACCAAGUGUAUUAAAAGAUUUAAAAUUAGACGAUACGGAGAUCGAAAAAGUAGUCGAAAAGCUUAAAGUUAAACACAAAAAAAGGAACUUUUUAAAGUUAAAUUACAUGACGUCGAAAUUUUUUAAUUUGAAUUCAAUUAAAGCCCAAUUUGUUAUUACUGAAGCGGAUUUCUUGUUGAUAAUGUUGGAAAUAAAACCAGAAGGUUAUGGUCUAGUCCGACAGCAAAUAGAAAAGUUCAUUGAUUGGUUUGAUAAUUGUCCCAAAACUGUUUCCGGUAGUAUUGAACCUACGGAAAUUCAAAAAAUCUUCAUCGAGUUUGGUAUGGCUGACCCGAAACAUGAUUCGAAAUUCCUUUUCAAAUCCAACCGAUCCGCUGAGAAAGAGUUGAUGGAGUUGAUGAUGGUUACAGCAGAACGUAGUAGGACGGAACACAUAGAAGAAAAAUGUACGUACACAGAUAUAGUCCAGAUGUUCUUAAACGAUUUCGCUAAAUACGAUGUAGAUAGUGAUGGUUUCUUCACUGAGGAAGAGUUUUCUACUUAUUUGGAACUCGCAAGACGUGAAAUGUAUGAUCCGCCAAAAGGCGGACAUCCUCAAAAUGACUAUGUUGGUAACAUAAACUUUGCGAAAUUCUUGAAAAUAAUGAAUCGCUACUACGAAUAAGUUACAAGAGGAAAUUGAUUAUCAUUUAUUUAUUGUGAAUAGUACUUGGAUAUUUAUCAAUUAUCUAACUAAAACCGUAUAAUCUUAAAAUAAUAUAAUAAUAUUACAAUAUUAUAAUAUACCCAGUUUAU